AUGUUUAUUCCAGAGGUGACAAAGUUCCUACGUAGUCAAAAUCUGCAAGUUAAAGCCGUCCUUUUAUUAGACAACGCAUCAAGUCAUUCACCCCCUGAGGAACUAAAAAGUGAUUAUGGUUCCAUUUUUACUAUUUACAUGCCACUUAACGUUACUCCAUUGAUACAACCAAUGGACCAAAAUGCGAUUCGUUUAACAAAACAGUUUAAUCGCAAACAUUUGUUGUCGCAGAUUAUUGGUACCGAUAAGGAUAUAGGAGAAACUCUGAAAUCUCUUUCUUUAAAAGACGCUAUUGUAAAUUUGGCCCUGGCAUGGAAAAAUUUAAAGCCUGAAGUUAUGUUGUUGAAAAAUUUAAAUCCUGAAAAAUGUUGGUACAAUCUACUUUCGCCAUUAGCCAACGAAGAUGAUGAUGAAGAAGAAAUUCCUUUAAGUGUUCUAAGAAGUCGAAUAAUGAAUGAGGAAAUCGAUACAGUAAGAUCAGAAAUUGAUAAUUUACUACAAGCUUUCAAUCCUGAAGUCAACAUUUACACCAUGGAUGUAGACGGCUGGAAUAAAGAUAUUUUGCCGGAUAAAGAAUCUGAAGACCACAGCGAAAGCGAUGAAAAUUGUCAAGAUCAAGAACGGGGAGAAGUUGAAGUAAUAAGAGAACGUGUGACAACCGAAUCUGCGAUCAAAUCACUUAACAAUGUAAUUCAAUGGGCUGAAGAAAAUGAAGCGGAAUACUCCAAUCUACUCGUUUUACAAAACUUAAGAAAUGAAAUGGUCCAAAAAGGGUUUAUGAGACAAAAACAAACUAACUAA